CAGAUAACCUGCAACAUGGAAACUUCACAGCAGCCCUAGAGGAUAUGAAAAAGUUGAAAAAGCCUUCUCGCAACUGGAAAAAUAUUUUAAUUCCUUCUGACUUGGAAAUCAACUCAUCCAAGCUUCGUAUGGAUCACUACAGCAGUGACGAGGAUGCAGAUGCUGACUUUGACACCCAGGUCAUCAUCCAGCAGAGUCUGCUGGAUGUUUACAAGCCAGGGGUAGCUCGGUGCACACCAGAAGCGGAGAGAUUCCAUUCCUUUCCAAGUGAUGAUUAUAAGACGAUAGUUGAAGCCAUCGAGACAGGUAAGGAAGAUGCAUUGGCACGCGUUGCCAAGUACCAUCCAGCCUUUGAUGAAGCCAAUGGGAAUGGCUGGCUUCCUCUGCAUAAGGCAGCAGUGCAGUUAAACAAGAACAUCUUAGAAAUAACCCUGAAUGCUUCCGAACCCAGUGCGUGGGAACGAACCACCCACAACGGUGAGACAGCACUUUUUUUGGCUGUCAGCAGUAGCCUCCUGGAAAACGCCCACUUUCUCCUUCUCAAAGGCUGUAAUCCAAACGCUAAGACCUCUGAAGGCAGUUCUCCUCUUCUUACAGCUGUUCUGAAAGACGCCUACGACAUGGCCGCCUUGCUGAUCAGCCACGGAGCAGAUGUCAAUCUCCGAUGUGCCAAUGAGAGGACAGCUCUCCAUGAAGCUGCCAAGCUAGGCAGACUGGACAUGGUAAAACUGAUGCUGGCUUCCAGAGCAUACCCAGAUGCACGGAGCUCCUACGGAUUCACGCCCCUUGCCCUCGCUGCUCAAGGUGGACACACUGAGAUCAUGCAGCUAUUACUGCAGAAAGGAGCUGACGUCCACAGUCAGGCCUCUGACUCGUCCUCUGUUUUACUUGAAGCUGUUAGAGGAGGGAACCCGGAAUCUGUGAGUCUGUUGCUAGAGUACGGAGCUGAUGCCAACAUUCCUAAGAGUUCAGGCCACCUGCCCAUUCACGUGGCAGCUGACAAAGGCCAUUUCCUAGCUCUAAAGGCAUUGGUCCCAGUCACAGACAUCGUAGCCGUCAAGAAGAGCGGGAUCAGUCCGGUUCACUGCGCAGCAGCUGGGGCGCACCCCCAAUGCCUGGAACUUCUCAUUCAGGCUGGAUUUGAUGUGAAUUUCAUGCUGGAUCAGAGAAUCCGUAAACAUUAUGAUGAUCAACGGAAGUCAGCCUUGUAUUUUGCUGUUUCAAACGGUGACCUCUCUUCAGUUAAGCUUCUUCUGAGUGCUGGAGCUCUACCCAAUCAAGACCCAGUCAACUGCCUACAGAUAGCUCUUAGGAUGGGCAACUAUGAGCUCAUAAGUCUAUUACUGAGGCACGGAGCCAACGUCAACUACUUCUGCCGCGUUAACCCGUUGCAUUUCCCAUCAGCGCUACAAUACACAUUGAAAGAUGAAGUCAUGCUCAGGAUGCUGUUGAAUUAUGGCUAUGACACUGAGCGAUGUUUUGACUGUCCUCAUGGAGAAAGGGUUCAUCGGCUUUGUACUUUUGAAGGCUGGACAUCUACAGUUAUUAAAGAUACUAUGUUUUGUGAAGUCAUAACUUUGUCAUGGCUACAGCAUCUCUCUGGGAAAGUUGUUCGGGUGAUGCUUGAUUAUGUUGAUCAAGUUCAAAUCUGUUCAAAAUUGAAAGCUGUGCUGGAAAAACAAAGGCUCUGGCCAGAAAUACAUUUGAUCUUGACCAACCCCCGUUCUCUACAACAUUUGUGCCGCCUUAAGAUCCGGAAGUGUAUGGGACGGUUACGUUUGCGCUGCCCUGUCUUCAUGUCGUUUCUUCCGCUGCCCAAUCUCUUAAAAGCUUACGUCCUUUACAAAGAAUACGACCUUUUUGGACAAGAGCGCUCUACAGGAACAUGGUAACUAAGCUCGUCUAGCGGGAAAGGAAUCAUCUGCAGCACUUUCUAACAACUUGCUUGUUGUAAAGGAUUUUUUUUUCUUUUCUUUACUCAGUAACUCUCAGUGCAGACUACAUUGUUUAAAAAGCCUGUUCUGUGUGGGAUACCUCCCUAUGACCUGUUGUUCAGAAGUUUCAGGAAACUUUCAGAUAAUACAUUAUUUGAAUUAUUAUUGAAUACAAAUAAUCAUUGUUCUUGACUACACACCAUAACUCAGUGAGACACUACUGCUGAAAACAUCACACACUUUGGUCACAGGACACAGAGAUAGCAAGAAAUAUCUCCUAGCUGGCUAGUUUUUCUAGCAGUGCAAGUUGUUGGGCAGACAUCUGGUUGUGGGAUGGGACUCAUCACUGCCUUACCCAGCUGGGUACUCUGCAUGCUACACAGCAUCUCACUGCCAGGCAGACUGUGAUGGGCUAAUCACCUAUACCCUGACUGGAUUUGGACUCACUCUACAGGAAGGAAUUCAUGUCUGGUACAACGGUCCCCACCUGUUUGUGGGUGGGAGCAUUGCUGUUGUUUUCAAAGCCAUAAGCCUUAGGAGGGAGCUUCCUGGGAUUUUGCUAACUGAACAUGUCAAACUGCCUUUUAAAUGUUAUAAAUGAGUUAUCUCCGCCUUGGCCAGAGAUGUUUCUUUUUUCAGUGGUGUCAAUUAAGGCAGACUCCUAACUGGGAACUAUGGGAAUAAAUGCAUGGUGAGUGCUCAGCCUUAGGCAGAACAUUCAGUCUCCCCCUGAGGCUGAGCACAGGGCAGGAGGAGCAGAAAAACUGUUAAGAGCCAGAGGAUGAGGAAGGGGCUAUGAAACUGUACACAGCAUGGUCAUCAGGACCUCAUGAACUACACACACUGUGGGGAGCUGCACAAGACCGGGCCCACGAACAUCCCAUCACAGUGCCCGAGGGAGACUGCUUGCCACAUUAGCCUGAUGACCAGGAUUUGAACCCCACUAGCUAGCAAGAGAAAACCAACUCCAACAAGUGUCCUCUGAUCUCCACAUGCAUACCAUGGCUGGCAGGCACGCAGGCACGCACGCCCUUUGUCUAAAUGAAUAAAAAAAAAUUUCCAUCAUGGAUCAUAGUGAGAUCAUGAAGCCUCACUAUUCCCAGAAGAGGAGCUACUGGUAAUUGGCAGCUGCUAAGCAAGGAGAGUCACUUUCUUUAGUGGAGUAACCUGGAAGCUGUUCAUACUCCAGUAAGUUAUUUACUUGUAUGGGACAGUUACAUCGGUGUUGCCCUGUCUGUAUAAUCAUGCAAGCAACCCUAAUUACCCAGUGAAUUGGAGGGAGUGGAGGGGAGGG